AUGAGUUCAUUCCAAGUUGAAAAUCUCUUCAAUGUGAAGGACAAGGUUGUAAGGUUGUACUGGUCACUGGUGGAAGCAGGGGGAUUGGAAAAUGGAUUCAUAAAGAAUGGGGCAAAGGUUUAUUUAUCUUCUCGUUCUGCUAAGAGCUGUGAAGAGACCGCUGUGAGCUCAACGCACUCGGCCUCGGGAAACGGAACCAGUUCUUCAUGUUCUUGUCGAUAUCGCGGGGGGGCAGCAUGGGGCGAUUCUCUCGAUGACUUUCCGGAUGCGGCUUUCACUGUGCCCGGCAUAUAUGAAACAUAUGCAUACCCAGCUUCGAAGGCUGCACUUCACCAUCUCAGUCGGCAUCUGGGAGGAAGACUUGGUCCAGAAUCGACUGUGCAUAGCUUGGAAGCUGUCAAGGAUGUUUUUACGUCUACGAUACCGUUGCAUCGACUGGGGAAACCAGAAGACGUGGCAGGGGCCGCCCUCUUCCUUGCGAGUCCUGCGGAUGCCUUCGUGAACAGAGCGACGAUCACGCUGGACGGCAGGAUGCUGGUGCCAAUGACCAAGCUGUAA